UCUCCUCUGCUCGCCACAGGUGUUCCUCUUUUCUCUAUCUCUCUCUCUCUCUCUCUCUCUCUCUCUCUCCCAAAUCCCAAUAUCCCAUCUCACCAGAAAACGUACAAAUUAACAAACACAUACCCUUCUCUCUCUUUCAGUUCCACUUCCUUUCCAAACUGAAAACAAUGAUGUCUGAAGUGAAACAACAACCGCUAGCAAUCGAUGUAGAUUUGCCAGAAGAAUGUUGGGAACUCAUAUUCAAUCUCCUCCUCGACCACCACCGUCACUUCGAAUCACUCUCUUUGGUCUCCAAGCACUUUCUUGUUCUCACCAAUCAACUCCGAACUACCCUCACUGUCUCCGACCAAACCACUCCUUUCCUUCCUCGACUUCUCCGAAGAUUCCGACAUCUCAAAAACUUAGACUUCUGUGGGUUCCAUGGAGACCUCGAAAGCAUUCUUUGUCUGAUCGCCAAAUCCAAAUUGGACCUCGAAGCUCUGAAUAUUUCGAACCAGAAGAAUCUUCACUUGAAUGGGUUGCAUGUAUUGGGUUCAAAUAUGAAGAAUUUGAAGAGCUUGAAUUGCUCCAAGGUCUCUUUUUUGCAGGACAUUCAUCUAUUUGUUAUAGCAGCGUCAUUUCCACGUCUUGAAGAGCUUGAUAUCAGCUAUCCUGAGCACAAAAACAUCUUUUCCUCAAUUGGAUCAGAGGAUUCAGGACCAUUUUCGGGGCCCGUGACUGAUUUAGGAGUUGCAGAAUUGUCAUCGAGGCUCAAUAAUCUGAUCAAGAUCGACCUUUCAGAUGAACUGCUUAAUUCAAUUGUAGAAGCGUGUCUUCCAUUAAAUAAACUCAUUCUUGCUCGUUGCCAUGGUUUCACGUUUGCUGGAUUAUUAUUGCUAUCGAGUAAGUACCAUUCUCUUAGCUUGAUAAGUGUUGAAGGAGUGAAUUUCCUCACUGAUCAGAACAUAAAUGAAUUGUCAAAGUUUUUUUCUAAGUUAACCUCAAUAAACCUUGGCUUUUGUUCUAAACUGACCAAUUCGACUUUCUUUACUCUCACAAGAAAUUGUCCUUUGUUGAAUGAGAUCAAUAUGGAGAGGACAAACCUAGGCGAAGAAGAAUUUCCAACAAAAUUUGUGGUGAACCCUCAAGUUAAGUUUCUAAAUUUGGCUCAAAAUGGCAAAUUGAGUAACGAAAGUAUCAAAAGGUUUGUGGCCAUCUGCCCCAGUUUACAGGUGCUCAAUUUAAGCUCUUGUAGGGGUAUCACAGAAGAAGGCUUUGAAGAGAUUUUUAAGAGAUGCAGUGAGAUUAGGCACUUAGAGAUAAAUUAUUUUAGUGCGAUUACGGAUUUUGCAAUAGACUCUGAAGUUUCCAAAUUGGAGAAAUUGAGUGCAAGAGGAUCAGGGGUUAAUGAUGAAGCUUUGGCAAUGGUAGGAAAGAGAAGUUGCAGGCUAUUGAAUUUGGAUCUGGCAGGCUGCUUGAAUGUGACGGAAAAAGGGGUGAAAGAAGUGGUGAAGAACUGUAGAAAAUUGAGGGAGAUAAAUUUGAAGUGGUGUGACAAUGUGAAUAUUGAUAUUGUUGCUUGGAUGGUGAUUACGAGGCCAUCCCUGAGAAAAAUAAUCCCACCAUGUGGUUUUGUUCCUACGGAAAGCCAAAUGAAACUUUUCUUGAGUCAUGGCUGUUGUGUUUGUGAGGGCUAGCAUUUUGAAAGAACAUGGAAAGUCUCUUUUGGAUCUUUCUAGCUCUGUUUUAGUUACUUGUGGACAAAAUUGUUUGAAAAUAAGGAUUGUAGUAAAUUUACAAUUUUUUUUCUUUAUUUGUAAAUUGUAAUUUUAAAUUUAUAUAUGUAGCCACUCAUUUCUGUAUCCAAUGAUCAAUGUAAAAAAGGCUGUUAAGUA